AUGGCGGCUUCCAUGCUGGGCUCCGGGCCUCUCGGCGUGGCGGGCCUGGGCCGCUGGCGGCCGCCGCGGGGUCUGUGUGAGCGCGUGCGGCGGCUCCCGGGGCCGGCGUCGACCCAGCGAAACGUGGCUGCGGCCAGAGGGCCGAGCGCCUCGGGCUCUGACCUGUACUGCCUGCAGCUGCUGCGGAAACGGGAUUAUGAAAGUUAUUUAUGUUCCCUGCUACUCCCUGCGGAAUCCCGAAGCUCUGCUUUUGCACUGAGGGCCUUCAAUGUGGAACUGGCUCAGGUUAAGGACUCAGUCUCUGAAAAGACAAUUGGAUUGAUGCGAAUGCAGUUCUGGAAGAAAGCUGUGGAGGAGAUAUACUGUGACAACCCUCCACAUCAGCCUGUGGCUAUUGAAUUAUGGAAGGCUGUUAAAAGACAUAAUCUGACUAAAAGAUGGCUUGUGAAAAUCGUUGAUGAAAGAGAACGAAAUUUGGAUGACAAAGCCUAUCGUAAUAUCCAGGAACUUGAAAAUUAUGCUGAGAACACCCAGAGCUCUCUUCUUUAUUUGACACUAGAAAUAUUGGGUGUGAAGGAUCUUCACGCAGAUCAUGCUGCCAGUCACAUUGGAAAAGCACAAGGCAUUGUCACUUGCCUGAGAGCAACACCCUAUCAUGGCAGCAGAAGGAAAGUGUUCCUUCCCAUGGACAUUUGUAUGCUGCAUGGUGUUUCACAAGAGGACAUUCUACGAAGGAACCAAAAUAAGAAUGUGAGAGAUGUAAUAUAUGACAUUGCCAGCCAGGCACACUUGCACCUAAAGCAUGCGAGGUCCUUCCACAAAAGUGUUCCUGUGAGGGCAUUUCCUGCUUUUCUUCAGACGGUUUCUUUAGAAGACUACUUAAAGAAAAUUCAGCAAGUGAAUUUUGAUAUAUUCCACCCGUCUUUACAGCAGAAGAAUACAUUACUUCCAUUAUCUUUGUAUAUUCAAUCAUGGAGGAAAAAAUACUAAAAUGUUUCAUGUCUCUAAUAUUAA